AUGAAUUGUCCUCGCCGCCGUCCCAUCCUCCUCCGCCAGUCCCACACCGUUUCCCUCGGCGUCAUCGUCGCCGCCUGGCUUACCAAGCUCCCCAAGUGGACCACCUGGUCCCUCCUCCUCGCCCUCGCCGUGCUCUCUUACCGCGGUCCCCUCCGCAUCCUCGUCGACCUCGCCUCUUACCGCGACGACGACCUCCCCGCCUUCAUCUACGAGGCCCGCCCCGCUGUCGCCUCCUCCCGGCCACCCCUGCCGCUUCCUUCGGAUAUUGAGCUGUUUGACACGACGAGGGGCAUCCGGCUCGGCCUUGGAGACUUUUGUCUUCUCCAGCGUUCUUGUGGGCAGGGCGGGUAUGAUCUGAUGACUGUCCAUGCUUGUUAUCUGGCGAUCAUUUCGGGGCUUCGGUGCACCCUCAUCGUGCUGUCCAUGGGCCUUGGUGCUGAUUUCUUUUUUGUGGUGCUAUUUCACAUGUCUCAAAUAAGCUCAUGCCUGUCUGCUCUGUUUGUGCCAAAGAUUUCUUCACAGCUGGGAAGUUCAGUUCCGAAAGGCAAUGAUAGUGCUGGGGGUUGCAUUGCUUGA